UGUUUGUUUUAAUCAUGUCUGUGGAAAUGUCUUCAGCUGAUAUUUAUACCAAUGUGACGAAACUCGGCAAAGAGAGAGUUGUGGACAAUUUUUAUGGUCCGAUUUAUGAAAAUUACCAGAAACCUCAAAAAGAGGAGAAGCGAGACGCUGUUGGACCUCCUCCAGAACCUGCCACUAAUGCUUCAUACAGUGAAGGAGCCAAAUCCUCUGGUUGGUUCCUGCUGUGGCUGCUGAUGCUCUGCCUCCUCCUGCUGACCAGCAUCGGCAUCAUCAGCUGGAUGGGUGUUGAGCUGGGGAAACAGCAGGAAGAGCUCAGGCAACAGGUGGGGAAGGUGAGAAGCCUGGAGAACCGAACAGAAGAACUAACAGAGGAAAGAGGAAACUUGGAGAACCAGACGAAUCAGCUGAGCCUGGAGAAAAUCCUGCUGGAGGAAGAAGUGCAGCAGCUCAGCAGACUGAGGGAAGCCAUCUUGGCUUCAGAAAACUUUCCAGUAAAAGAUUUCUGUCCAGAUAAAAAGUGCCAGCCCUGCCAGACCAACUGGAUCCAGUUCCAGGGAAAGUGCUACCUGUUUUAUGAGGCUUACUGUGAGACCUGGAGCAAAGCCCGGGAGUUCUGCCGCAGUAAAGCAGCUGAUCUGGUUCUUGUUGAUAAUCUGCAGGAAAAGGAAUUCCUCAAGAAUCAUCUGAAGUCUUACAGCGGCUGCUGGUACCAGUUGUCCUGCCAGUUCUACUGGUCAGCUUCAAACCCUUUUGGCUACUGGACAGAACGGGGACUGAUGACGUUUGAGGGGAAUCUGAUCCAGAACUGGAACGCAGCAGGAUAUUCUAGCAGAAACAAAUUCAUGUGUGAGGGGAACGUCAUGGUGUGCCCAAAUAAGCAGCACCGACUCAAACAGCUUGUAAUUCACAAAUGUUUGCUUGCAGAUGUUGAUGGAAGUAAACCUGGUUAUUUUACCAGACAGAAACAAAAAGAAGAAAAACUUUGA